AACGAGUUGCGUUUGUGUGAUCGAUACUCACAGGCUCCAACUCCCCGUCUCAGUCUCAGUUUCAGUCGCAGAGGCAUCGUGUGUGGCCUUCGUUAAUGACACACAUUUUCAUCUCAUCAACAAUUCGGAGUUGGGUGAUCAAAUUUGCAGAAAGACCAAAACAAAAACAGAGAAAAAGCGUGGAAGAAAGGGAGUGCAUGGAUCUUCAACUUCAAUUGAGAAGAAGGGCAACGGCGCAUAGUUUUAGGUCGAGAACUCCUACUCCCACCACCAAUCCCAGGAAACACAAUCCUUAUCCUUCGCUUCUCAGACCGCAAUCUAAACAAAGUGAUUCCCAACAACCAUCUCCCAGUGGAGACGACAGCAACAACAGUAAAAACGAAGGAGACAGGUCAUCGAUAGACUGGAACAAAGCUUGGUCUAGCUUUAGGAAGAAAGGGAAGAAGACUCUCUUUUCACAGUUCAAUCCAGAUAAGUAUGUGAGCUGGAAUCCGACGCGUUCAAAUUAUCCACUGUCUGAAGAGGUUGAUCCCAUCAAGAGAACAGAGAGGUCAAACCUUAUGUUAUGGACCAGUCCAAGGUUUACUCUUGCUGGGGCCAUUGUUGUAGUCUCAUUUCUUCUGAUCUAUACACUUCUAGCCCCGAUUCAGUGAUUUCAUCUAGUUCUUACAAAGCUGCAUCUGUAAUCUGAGGAUACAAGAUUAUUUCCAAGAAAAUGGCCAAUGAAGGGCCAGUUUGUAAAUGUAACCAAAUGUAACAACUUCCAUUGUUUCCUAAUUGCUUCUCCCUACU